GCAUGCUCUCCUUCUGCUGCGUGACCCUCGCAGCAAGGAUCCGCCAAUACUUUCUUUCUCUUGCAGUCGGCUGGUAAUUACUAGAUACGUGAAUACCUCCUCACCAUCAUCUUGCCUGCUUGUCAGUGGGAUCCCCUCUUCUCAAGAACGCCAUGAGCAACGUUCGUACUGUCACCUCAUCAUCGUCCUCGACCGCUCCCUCCGCGACGACACAGCGAGGUACGGAGCGUCCCUCAGGUUUCGACACCCCGGGAGAGGCGGCAGGAGGGAGGAAUCGCACUACCCCUGCCCGACCCAAUACGACGGUCACUACCGUCUCUGUUGAUGAAAGUGUUGCUUUCCCGACUGAGGAUGGACACGUGAGGUUCGCAGAUCAGCCUGAAGAUUGGGCAGCGGAUGUGAGGGGGAUGCCGCGAUACAGGCCACUCAACACCGAGCUAGACUCUGCGCUCAGACCUCUUGGUGCCAACGGAGGAGAGAGGUUCUUUCUCACAUUCAUGCUGAGCGGUGUGCUGGUGCAACAGGUGGCCAAUAGGGUCUGGAACAACACAAUUGGCCGUUUCCCAAUGGCGGAAAAGUGGUUCGUCUUCAAGAUUGGAGGACAGUGGUAAUGCAGCACCUGUCUCUGUGUACUAUAUUCGCCGUGGCUCUCUGUCUCAUCGUGUCCUCAAUCUCCAUUUCGGGUCAAACGUCAGACAUGAAUCGAUUUGAAGUAAGGGACAGGGUGCACAAGCUUGAACAAAAGAGAGA